AAUAUAAUAUCACCAGGACACAAUGUGUAACAAUCAUGAAGCGUUACCGCUUCAAAUGUUACUAGCCAAAAUUCAAACUUAAAACUGAUCUUUAAAGUCAAAAAGGAUCGAACCGGUUCAUUCGAAUUUCAGGUCCGUCCAUCUCCAUAUAUUUCAUUCUCCCAAAUUCCCUCUCAAAUUUCUAGGGUUUUCUUCUCAAUUUUUGCCCCAAAUGUCAACGUCUACAGUCUCCAUCUCCGCUAAUCCUGCCGCCGGUUCAACCCGUCGCCGACCCGUUGAGAAAAAGCAACCCUCCGCCCUAGAUUUAGCCGACUCCAACUUAGCCACCGCCACCGCCACCGCCACCGCCGCCGCCGUUGCCGCCGACCCAAUCUCCACCCCCAACGUUUCCGUCAGAAGCGACGGCCGAGAUGCGAUUCAGGUAGUGAAGAAGACCUUGCCUCAUACUAAUGUUCCUACAUCGUCUACACGCCGCCCUAGCGGCUCGGCUCCGGCUGUUAGGAAGCAUUCGAAGCCACCGAAGCCGAGGUGGUUGACUGUGGUGAGUGUUCUCACUAAGAAUUUGUUGUUGCUGGUUGUAUUGAUUGGUUUAGUUCAGAUAGUUCGUAGACUUGUUGCGAAUUCGUAUCAAGUGAAUGACUCUGAUGGGUUAUCUGUACUUUCUGGGGAUUUCGAUGGUAAAUUCGCCGAAAUGGAGUCGUUUGUUAAGGAAACUACAAAAAUGAUGCAAGUACAAAUUGAUGUAAUUGAUCAAAAACUGGAUUUGGGGAUUAAGAAUGUGAGGGAUGAAUUGAAUGUGAAGGUGGAUGAUAAAGUAGGGGAAUUGGAGUUGAAGUUGAAGGAAGUGAGUGGCACGACAGAGAAUUUGGAGAAGUUGAUGGGUGAAUUUAGGGAGAAAAACUGGGUGUCCAAGGAUGAGUUGGAAAAUAUGUUGGAGGAAUAUAGGAAGAUGAAAGGCAGCAGUGAAGUUGAUGAAAAGAGUUUGGAUGAAUUUAGGAUAUAUGCGAGGGAGAUAGUGGAGAAAGAGAUAGAGAAACAUGCUGCUGAUGGAUUAGGGAGGGUGGAUUAUGCAUUGGCAUCAGGAGGGGCUCGUGUAGUGAAGCAUUCAGAGCCCUUUAUUAUGAAGUCUGGUAGUGGUGAUGUUUUUAGUUUGUUAACUAACCGGAAUGCAGGUAGUAGUGAUGCUGACAAGAUACUUACGCCUAGCUUUGGAGAACCCGGUCAGUGUUUUCCCCUUAAAGGGGAUAAGGGGUUUGUUCAAAUUCUGCUCCGAACAGCUAUUAUACCUGAAGCCGUCACCUUGGAACAUGUUGCAAAGAGUGUUGCUUACGAUAGGUCCAGUGCUCCAAAGAACUGCAGGAUAUCUGGAUGGCUCCAUGAUAAAAAGGGGACUGACCUAGAAGCUGAUCGUGAGAAGAUGUUCCUUUUGACAGAGUUCAUAUAUGAUCUUGACAAGAGCAAUGCUCAGACUUUCGAUGUUUUAGAGUCUGCAAGCUCUCGUGUCGUCGACAUGAUCAGGUUUGAUUUUACAUCCAACCAUGGGAAGCCACACACAUGCAUCUAUAGAUUGAGGGUACAUGGCCGUGAACCAAGCUCCUUGGUAAUGCAGUCUUGAUAGUAAAAUAUUUUAAAUUAUUUCGACAUUCCUCUCCUUAACAAUGUAGUGCUUUUGUGUCUUUCUGGUAGAACCCAAUCCGACAUGUGAGUUGUAGUCUUUUGGCUAAGAUGGACUUGAGAUCCUUGCCCUCUGUCAUUGACCAGUACUGAGUUGGGGCUAGGUGUAAAAAUGUCUUGUUCCUUUCAGCUCCCGAAUUACUGUGAAGUUGAUGAUUUGAUUUAUUUCUGUGAGAUGUAAAAGAUGCUAUGCCUGUCCUGUAAGACUCCAUUUUUAUUAUAUCAUUUGUUUUUUCCACAA